CCCCUUCCCCUUUCUGCAGCCAUGGAGUCGGCCAUUUCUCCUCCCGCGACGCCGGUGCCCGAUCAGCCGGGGCAGCCCGAGCCCCAGCAGCCCGAGCCGCACCAGGCAGGGCGGCUCCAAGAGCAGGAGCCGGAACUGCCGCCGCCCGCGCCGCCGGCUUUGGCCAGCCCUGGUGAUGGUCAGACCGACACCCAGACCCAGACCCAGACCCUGCCCGUAGACCUGGAGAUCAAUGUCACCCCUGCCAGCGCCUCGGCCUCGCAGGUGUGGGGCCGCCUCUUCUCCCUUGACAUGAGGCGGGAGCACAUCCUUUCGCGCGCGACGCCGGAGAUCCUCUUCGGCCGGCGCAACGGCCUGGAGGUGUUCAUCCAAAAUGAGACGGUCAGCAAGCAGCACUGCCGGAUUUUGUCCUCCGAAAGCCCGGACGGUGUGUCACACAUCAUCCAGGAUAGCAACUCCACCAAUGGCACCUUCGUCAACGGGUAUAUGCUGAAUCGCGGCGCGCAGAUCACCCUCAAACACCGGGAUGUCAUCACCAUCUCCUCGCGCUUCCCGCCCGGGGACUCCGGCUUGAGUUUCAUCUUCAUGGAUGCCUUCAGUUACCCGGCCGACAGCGACGCCGGGGCCGUGCUGUUGACCGGGAAUUACCACAUCACAUCCAUUCGACUGGGCAGCGGGCAAUUCGCCCAGGUGAAUCUCGGCUUUGACCGAGUGUCCGGCGAGCGCGUGGCUGUCAAGAUGAUCGACAAGAAGCAGAUGCUCACAAGCGACAAGACCACGAAGAACCUCCGCCAGGAAAUCACCAUCAUGAAGUUGGUGGAUCACCCCUUCAUCGUCAAGAUCUACGACGUCCUGGAGUCGCCCACCUCCGUGUACUUGAUCAUCGAGUUCGUCGGCGGCGGGGAGCUCUUCAAGAAGCUCCGCACGGAGGGACCCCUGCGCGAGGAGCAGGCCAAGGUGGUCUUCUUCCAGCUGCUGCUGGCGGUGAUCGACCUGCACCAGAAGAACAUCGUGCACCGGGACCUGAAGCCGGAGAACAUCCUCAUCCAGAACCUGACACACGCGGACCUGGAACAGCAGCCCAUCCUACGGGGCCACAUGGCCAUCAAGGUGGCGGAUUUCGGCCUAUCACGCUACCUGAAUGACCAUUCCUUCCUGAUGAACACCUUUUGCGGGACACUGGCAUACAUUGCGCCGGAGAUCCUGCAACAAUCGCAGUACGACAGCCUGGUGGACUGCUGGUCGCUCGGGGUCAUCCUGUAUGCGCUUCUGUCGAGGGAGCUGCCCUUCUACUCGCCGCACAACAUCCGCCGGACGCAGGAGCUCGUGCAGGAGGGCCUGCUGAACUUCAGCACGCCAGUCUGGCAGUCGGUGUCUGACGAGGCGAAGGACCUGAUUUCGAACCUGCUGCAGGUGGAUCCGGCCCGGCGGUUUACGGCCGAGCGUGCCAUCCUGCACCCUUGGCUGCAGGACCCCACCACGCGCCGAGUCGUGGACCUGCUGUUUGCGCGCCAGCGCCCGGUGGCCUCGGCGCCGGCCUUUAGCGGAGAGCCUGGCAUGGCGCCGGCCACCGCCACCGCUGCUGCUGCUGCUGCUGCUGCUGCCGCUGCCGCUGCUGGUACUGCUGCUGCCACUACUUCUACUUCUACUUCUACUUCUACUUCUACUUCUACUUCUACUACUACUGCUGCUGCUGUUGCUGCUGCUGCUGCUGCUGGCACUGCUGCCGCCACCGCCGCCACCGCCGCCGCCACCGCCGCCACCGCCGCCACCCUUGCCCCCGUCUCCGGCCCCGCUGGCAAUGCCACUCCCACGGGUGCUGCCUCGCCGCUGCCCGGGCGAGUGGCUCUGCUUCGUGGUGAGGCCCAGAGCGACGACGCGCCCGGCGGCAGCACGCCGGCCCUCGUCCAGACCCCGGGCCCGGUCGGAGGAGUCGCGCGGCGGGGCGGCAUCCGCAAACGCCUCCUCCACGGCGAAUGA